GUGAGUUGAAGCUGGUUGGAGCUAAACUAUGCAGACCUGCAGCCCUCCAUGAAUUGAGUUUGAGACCACUGCAUGAAACAUUUCAUAAAACGAGGAAUUAUAUGAUAUUUUAAAGAAAGUUUAUUUUAAUGGAAUAAUAAAUUUAAUAAAAUAAUUUGAAUGAAUUUCUCUGUUGCAUUCUCUUAUCUGCUGAACUCCAUUUGGCAAAAGCCUUUCGUUUGAAUAUCACCACACAGCCUAAAAUUUGCAUGCAGACUGUCAGCUGUGUGUCUUUCUCAUAGAUGAGCACACAUCCAGAAAAUGAUUACCAUCAGAUCAGCUAUUCGUUUGACAUCAGUGUAAGUUUCAGCAUGAGCUCUAAAUGCUCCAGGGGUAAACUGGAUUUCAUUUAUUAAUUAAUUUCAUUUGAACAGUAUAUCGUCAUUAUACUUAAUGAAAUCAUAUCCAAGGAAACUUUAUUUUAAAACACUCCCCCUUUCAAUCUGAGUGCUAAAUCUGUUUAUAUUCUUUAAUGUUCAACCUAAUAUGGAGGAAAAGUCUAUUCUAUAUGAACAUAUAUUGUCAAGUGUCCCUUCGUAGACUGAUGCAGCUUUAAAUGAACGAUUGCAGGUCCUUUAAAGACCAUGAAUAGGACACAACAAAAGAAAAAUAAUACAUUAUGAAACAAAAUAUCAACUCAUAUUUAAUCUAGUUUACUCACUGAAAUUAUUAACCUUCUUGGGGCUGUUUCCUGAUUUUGAAUGAGCAUGCAAACCAGAGACAUUUCCAUGGAUGCUUAUUUAACAAACAAAUACAUUUGAAGAAAACAAGACACUAAUUUGCAAGUGUGUUCCUGAACAUUAAAUCUUUCUUUAAGCCCUUACUUAAAUAUUUCACUUAAGCUUAUGCAAUAGUUUGAAUUGAUAAUGCAGCAGCUUGGAUUGAGUUUGCUUUGAGUCAGAUUUGAAAAGCAUUGAAGUUAAUCAUAAUGCUUUUUAUUCACUCAUAAUCAUUAUAAAACUUUUAAACUGCUUUCCUAUAACAUUACUCAGCUGCUUAGAUUUAUGUUUACUACAACAACCUCAUACUGAAUAAACAUGGCCUGUGUGUUACCACAUAUUACCAUAGUCAUAUUAUGCGUAAGAUGAGCUGACUGCGGUAGUGGUCAGCAUAACGGGAGGUUUAAAAGAACGAUGGGAGGGAAAAUGUAUUUUUAUGUUCACCACUAGCAAAUAUCAGAUUUUACACAUUCAACUCAGCUUUUUACUCCUCCAUUAGGCUAAAAUGGACACUUUCUCAAUAAACAGGAAGUAAAUUAGAAACGUGGGCAUAUUUAUUCAAAUGCCUUGAAUUUGACAUUCACAAGAUUUUUUUUCUUCCUAUUUCUGAUAGCACCGCAGGUUUAAGCAUAAAAAUGAUUUAUCUAAAUCAGCCCCAAAUGACUAUCUAACCAAACCUAGUUUGGGAGCUUUGCGCUACAUUUGUUAGCCAAAUCUCAAUGGAAAGUCUGAAGCGAUGACUAUUUUGUGCUAACUUAUCCAGGUGGCCUUUGGACUUGGAGGGGGAUGCAAAUGUGAAAGAGAGCUUUGUAAAUUUGCUUUCUCCACCCCUCUGCAUUUGUCAACUUUCCCUAAUUCUCAUUCAACAUCUUCUUUCACUCUAGAAACUGGUCCUUCACAGGGAACAUGUUGUUAUGACAGAUAACAGCUUAAAACCUUUUUAAAAAUGCACACUGUAAGGAUCAAGACACUGUCUGGUGCAGGGAUGCUGCUUUUUGCUGCACUAUUCAUUAUUAGCCAGACUUCACAAGCAGGGUCCACAGAUGUGACUUACUGGGCAGAGGUUAUGAUUGAGGGGAAUAAAACCUUAAAUGUUGCAGACUAUCUGCCUGGGCUUAUAGGGACUGUUCUGGAUACAGGGGUAACUAUCACAGGUGCUGAAAUAGCAGCAGAGUGUGAGAUAGUUGGCCAAAAUACAACGUGCUGGUGUGGACCGGGUUACGUUUGGAGCAAUUAUGUGUGUGAUAAUGUAAAUAAAUGCUGCAAUGUGUAUCAGUGUGUGGCAAACAUAUCAAACUUCACACCUCUGUGUCUGCCCAUAGCGAAUGUUUCACUCAUUGGCACGCUCACUGGUAGCUCUUCAUCAGUGCAGACCAUGCUGACGAAUGCUUUUAAUGUGCUGAAUGCCUUCAACUCUUUGACUAUGCAAGCCAGCCUCCUCACAGGGUUAAAUACAUACUCCCACAAUUUCACAGUGUCUCUCGGUGCAGUGUUUGCCACCUCCAAAGUUCAAGGCAUCAUUACUACACUGCUGACAAAUCCAGCGAUUUACACACUCAAUGUUAAGACUCUAGGCUUAGUAUACAUUGAGGCACCUGCAGGAAAAUUAUGCUAUAAUUCAAGACAACAGCUGAACUGUACCUCUAUAGAAGCUAUGAGCAAAUGUGUAUGGCAGAUGUCCAGAGGCGACGAAGCGCCAUUGACUUUGGGACCAGGGAGUGAAAUAAUGCUUUCAGAUACAUGUACAGAAAUGUCUGCAGUCACGCUUUUAAAGACAAAUGGAUACUGGUCAGGAACAUACAGCUGCCUUUUUGUCACAGACAACGUAGCUCAUAUGGCAAUGGCACCAGUUGAUAUUGCACUGCUGCCAGAGGCCAGUAAUGUGACAAGCAAUCCACAAACGAUAGACUGCUCUGCAUCAUCAACCGCUAAAGUUACCAUCACAUGUUCCAUCUUCAACAGCACUGAAACGUACAAGUCCCAACUAAAACUCGGAAGUAUGGAAAAUCUUACACCAACUAAAUUAGAGAGCAAUGGUUUAAUCAAGUAUUCGGCAGAUUUCACUGUGAACUGUCUGGCAACAGGAAAACCCCCUUCCCUCACCGCCAGCUGUGUAUUAGUGAACUCUUUAAAUCAGCAGCGAAAUUUCUCAGCAAGCGUAUCAGUCAUUUACCCCAAUGACCUCUUUUGUGCAGCAGAAGUCAUUUCUACCAGAACAUGGCCAAAAACCAAGAAUAAUGAUACAGCUGUAAUAGAUUGUACGGCAACAGGGAGACAAGGCACUCUGACACGCAAAUGCAAUGGAAAAACAUGGGGCCAAGAAGUUUCUCUGUGUGUCAAAGCGUUCCUGAGCAAUGUAGCUUCACAAGCAUCGGAUUUUGAAAAAGGACUUGGAGCAACACAAGGGGGCGCACAGUACAUCUUUCAAAGUUUAAAAAACAACACUGCUAGUGAAGAAGAUGGUGAGAACAGUUUUGGAGACAUCAGCACAGCAGUCAACGUUUUCCAGACUAUGAAAGCGGCAUCAGUCAAUGUUCCACUAGGCGAAAACCUUCUUCCAGAUUUCCUGGAAUCAGCCAGCAGCAUAUUGAACGGAUCCUGGGAAGUGGGAGACAAGACACAGAGCGGGGCGCUGGCCAGCCAGUAUCUGUCAUCUGUAGAAGGCCUUGUGAAAAGCAUCCGAAUAAACACCAGCGAGGGCUACAAUGCCUCAAACAUCCAGCUGCAGGUCUGCAAAGGUGGCUCCGGUUGCAAUAAAACCAUUUUCAAUGUGGAUAUUGAGGUGAACGCAACAGCAGAUAUGGUCAAAACGGUAGGACUACAGAGCUUGGCCAAUCUUCUGCCAAAGGUGGGCUACGAAAAUUCCCUUUUUCCUAGCAUAGUCGUAUCCAGCACAGUUGAGAACAACACUCAGGCGUCAGUCAACAUCAGACUGGCUUUUCCAAAUGAAGAGGGCAUCAAUGCCGCAAUGCAAUGUGUUUUCUGGAACGUCUCAGAAGAGAGAUGGUCAGACGAGGGCUGCGUGUACGUAAAGGGUCGUGGAGGUGAAGGCUACUGCCAGUGCAACCAUCUGACCUCCUUCUCCAUGCUCAUGUCCAAGUACCCAAUAAGCAUGCCCUUUCUAGAUCAGCUCACAUACAUCGGACUGGGCGUCUCCAUAUGCUCUCUGUUGGCCUACAUCAUCAUUGAGUUCUUGGUCUGGUCCGCCGUGGUCAAAUCCAAUCUUUCCCACUUCCGGCACACCGCACUCGUCAACAUCGCUCUCUCUCUGCUAUUGGCUGACUGCAGUUUCUUAGCUUCCUCCUUCCCGUCAAUCCUAAAUGAAACCCUCUGCCUUGUUCUGGUGGUGGCGAAGCAUUACUUCUUCCUGGCGAUGUUCUUUUGGAUGCUUUGUCUGAGUCUCAUGCUGGUCCACCAGCUCAUUUUCGUUUUCAGCCGCAUUGGGAAAAAGGUGUACAUGAUUCUAGGAUUCACCAUCGGCUAUUUUUGUCCGACGGUGACUGUGGCGGUUACAUAUGUGUACUACGAAGAAGCAACUAGCAUCCCAUAUUAUAGCUCCAAAACCUGCUGGCUCACCUAUCAGUCGCCUAUGCAGGGAUCCAUCCACGCUUUUCUGUUUCCUGUUGGGACAAUUGUGCUGGUGAACAUGUGUUCCAUGCUGGUGGUCAUAGCAACCGUUUUAAAGCCGUCCGGAGCUGAGACAAACAAAAAGGGGGAUAAGGAUGCAGCAAAAAGCAUCAUCAAAGUCAUACUCUUCCUCACACCUGUUUUUGGUGGGACUUGGAUUCUGGGGCUUUUUGUGUUUCUGAUAGAUGACUCUUCGCAGUUUAUUACAUACUUAGUGAAUUAUUUGUUCACCAUUCUCAACUCAUUGCAGGGCUUCUUCAUCUUGUUGACUGGAUGUUUUGCAGAGAAAAGGGUCCGAGAUGAAAUAUUAAAAAUAAUUGUGGGGAAAUCAGCUAAAGAACAAAACACAACAACAUCCGUUGCAAAAUAAAUGAUCCACACAAGAAAAUGCACACAAGAAGGAGCAUUUAAAACAUUGCGGGACACAGACUCAUCUCUGAACUCACAGACGCACAAAAAUAGUAGAUACAGCACAACUGUUUGGUGAAGACCUAAAAGUACUUCUUGUACUUUAAAAGACUUUAUCAUGCUUGGGACAAAGAACAGGCUCUGGUCAUAUACAGUACUACACACAUUUAGGAACAAACAAUGAGAAACGGAUACAAAAAUAUAAGAGAUGGUCAUGUUUGUGUUUUUAAAAGAACAAUAUAAGUACCGCUGUAUAUAUGUAGCAAUUAUCUAUAGUUUUCUACCCUGAUUGUUGUUGUAUUUUAUUUAAAACAAUGCUGUACAUCUGAUAAAGGCAAUAUAAAUAUGGUCACUUAACUUGAUUGUAAUAUGUUUAGUUUUAGCUCUGCUUCUGUUCUGCGGAACUGUGACAUUGAUUUCUAUGUGCUAUUUAGAAAUUGUGACGGAAUAUCUGAUGAACCAAAGACAAUUUAACACGUAUAAACACUCCUCUUCAGCUUGACAAAUUAUUGUUUCGGUUUUUCUCUUGUUAGACCUAUUUCCUUGUUUCUUUUAAAGGGAUGUGGAAAAAAGAGAGAUGCGAUUGUUGAUAGCACAACUUUUAUUCUGAAUAAAAGAUAAAUCUUGA